AUGCCUCACACCACCGCCACCUUCGACAGAAGAGAUCUGGUACCAAGCCAUGACGGAGACCACAUCCUCCCGGCAGACCCUCUCUUCACCCGCCUGUUGGCCCUGGCUCACCGCCGCAAUCCCAGACCUGCCAUCCGCGACGUGAAUGCCGGGGUGGAACGUACGGCGGCGGAGCUACUCAGCGACGUCCUUAGACUCCGCCGCGUCAUACGUGCGAAUCUCACACGAAAAACCCUCCAAGACCUCCGUCAGGGGCGACAGGAGGUGUACAUCAGCAUCGUCGCGCCCGGAGGCUAUGAGUUCACCGUGGGAGUCUUGGCGGUGCUGGCACUCGGGGCGGCCGUGAGCCCUUUCAGUAGUGCCCAACCCGUCACCGAGGCCGUCUACUACAUCAGCAAGGCGAGGUCGGUGGCCGUACUCGCCUCGACGACCACCGUCUCUCUGGCCGAGGCGGCGUCGCGAGAGAUCCAGAGGACGGUGUCGUCGUCUUUUGCCUUCGUGCCGAUACGACACAUGAACCGCGAACCGCCCGUCGAGCUCGACAAGAUCAGAAUCUCGUCCGACAGGUUCCUGGAUCCCAACUCGGCCGGCGUGGUGAUUUUCACUUCCGGGACCACAGGUCCCCCAAAGGGUGCCGUCCUCUCCCGCGCGGCCAUGAUCGACGGUUCCCUGUCGUUUGCUCAACUCAUGGGUCUCGAACCUUCCGACACGCUCCUGCACUUGCUACCCGUCCACCACUCGACGGGCAUCUGGGUUUCUUUUUUCCCCUUUUUGCUGACGGGCGCCUGCAUCGAGUUCAAGUCUGGCAGUUUCGACGCCGAAUGGACGUGGAAGCGUUGGCUGGAAGGAGGGCUCACGCACUUUACGGGAGUGCCGACCAUUUACAUGCGCAUGAUGAGGUGGUACCUUGAGAAGUCGUCGUCGUCGUCGUCGAGCGUGGACUCUGGAGAGGGCGGUGAGAUGACAAAGUACAAGGCCGCGGCGGCGGCACUCAAGACCUGCCUCUGCGGCACGUCGGCCCUACCGAAACCCAUUGCGGAUUUUUGGACGACUCUCCGUGACGGUCGACCCAUCGUACAGCGUUAUGGGUCCACCGAAUCCGGGGUCGUGUUCAACAUGUCCCCUUACCCGGACGAGACUCGAACAACCCCGGAUGGGUCUGUGGGCGAACUCACGGUGGGUGUAGAUGCGAAGCUUGCGGACGGAAACGAAGGUGAGAUCUUGAUCAAAUCCCCUCACAUGUUCAGCAAGUACAUUUACGACUCCGAGGCGACCGCCAAAGCCCACGACGCCCAAGGAUACUUCAAGUCUGGAGACGUCGCCCGUCGAGAGGGGAAGUACUACUUCAUCGUGGGCCGGGCCUCGGUCGACAUCGUCAAGUCCGGAGGUUACAAGAUUUCUGCCCUGGACGUGGAGAGGGAACUCAUGUCUUUGCCUUAUAUCGCCGAGGCCAUGGUCGUGGGUGUACCCGACGACGAGUUCGGACAGCGGGUAGGUGCGGUCGUGUCUUUGCGCGACGACGACAUUGCCCGGGAGUUUUACAAUACCCAAAAACGAAGUCCGCAGACCCUGAGCCUCGAUCAACUCCGUGACGACGUCCGGAGUCGUCUCGCCGGGUACAAGAUGCCGACGUUGUUGAGGGUGAUUCAAGGUGAAUUGCCAAAAGGUGGGACGGGAAAAGUCAUCAAGAAAACCCUGGGUCCGAUGUACUUCCCGCCUAAUUACAUCGAGGACACCGAGGUCCAGGUAUGGACAAAUACUAAGAGACGUGCUGGACCUACAAAGUUGUAAAAAGCCGCCCCCAACGAAAUAUUUCAGAUUAGAACUGAGGAGAUCCUGAGAAACAAGACCAGAAAAAUAAGCAGGAUAUUAUAGUUAGACCAU